AUGAAGGUCUCCACUCUCCUCGGUUUGCUUCCUGGCGCUGUUCUCGCGUCAGAUGUCCUGAGCGUUGCGUUCUACGCAAAGGAGAAGAACCAGCUAUACGACUUCAUCUCGGCCAACAGCGAGAUCGAUUAUGGCUGCCGUCCUGUUGUCACGGCUGCAGGUGGCGAACACAAGCUGCACGCUGUCAUCUCAGAGGACCAUUUGGACCACUUCAAGCGAAGUUUGGAUCCAGAGCUCGUUCGCGUUGAGCUUUUGCACAACAUGAACAAGCGACAGACUGCAACUGCACCUAUCGGCAAGGGCGAUCGUUUCAAGGGUGGAAAGGUCGCGCCUCGCGGUCUCGGUACCAGGAAGCCCAGCGAGUACGCCCAACUUCAGAAUGCUGGUGUCUUCAACAUUGACGAGGUCUACACCGCCAUGAAGGGUCUAGAGAAGGAAUACGGCAUGUCGCUCUUCACGACGCCGGAAAAGACCUUCGAGGGGCGAUCGAUCAUUGGUGGUGUUGCCAACAAGGCGGAGAAGAUCAAGAAGGACAAGCAGUACAUUUACUUCACUUCUGGAAUUCACGCACGUGAGCGCGGUGGACCUGACAACCUGAUCUACUUCGUCUCUGACCUGCUCUAUGCGAACGAGCACCGCAUCGGCCUGACCUACGGCAACAAGAAGUACACCAAUAGCCAGGUCAAGAAGGCUCUUGGGGCGGGAAUCGUGUUCAUUCCUAUGCUGAACCCUGAUGGUGUGAACCACGACCAGGCAAACAGCAACCUCUGGCGAAAGAACCGCAACCCCGCCUCUUCUACGCCUGGUGUUCCUCUUAGUGUUGGUGUAGAUCUCAACAGGAACUUCGACUUCCUCUGGAACUUUACUGAGAAGUUCGACCCCUCCGUUGCCCCUGCUUCAACGAACCCCACUUCGCAGGCUUUCUACGGCACUGCACCAUUCUCCGAGCCAGAAUCGAGAGACAUGGCUUGGGUGUACGACCAGUACCCCAACAUACACUGGUACAUUGACGUUCACUCCGCUGCUGGAACUCUGCUCUACUCAUGGGGCGACGACGUCGAUCAAUCCCAUGAUCCAAAGCAGAACUUGUUCAACCCAGCUUACGAUGGAAAGCGCGGUAUCGUCGAAGACGAGCUGUACAAGGAGUACAUUGACCAAGAAGACUGGGACAACAUUCGUAUCGCUGCCAACCGUACCACUGAUGCCAUGAUCUCCGUCGGUGGCCGCGAGUAUGUUCCCCAACAAGCUGUUGGUCUCUACCCUACUUCUGGUGCUACAGACGACUGGUCAUUCAGCCGCUGGCACAAGAACAAGAAGCUCACCAAGGUGUACGGUUACACCAUGGAGUUUGGUUACCCAACCAACUUCUACCCCACAAGCGAGGAGUACAUCCAAAAUAUCAUUGAUACCAAUGCUGGUUUCAUGGAGUUUAUCCUCACUGCUGAUGAGAUUGGACUCAAGGCCUAG